AUGAACCUGCGUGGCGUGAACCUUGUUGACACGUACCAUUACUUGGACAAGCUGCACAGGCAAGAGUGGCAGGGCACGUCACUUGCAGCGGUGGCAGAACGCGUGGGCUUGCCAAGGAAGCUCAGCUACCUGUCACCGUCCUUCUCGCCAUCGUCCAAUGAUCCAAUUGAUGCCUUGAUCCUGUACAAUGCACACGAUGCCUGGUUACACGCUGGCAUUGCUCGGCUGACAGGGUGCGUCCACGAGAUCUGCACCGUGGCCGGCUGUCUCAAGGCUCCGAUGACUGACGCGUCCAGGUUCAUCAGCGGUACCAUGGUCAGCAACUUGGCCUCGUCCCAUGUCCUGUCCAUAGGCCACGUCUUUGACUGGGCACCUGAGGACGUUGACCAGGACGGUGGCAAGUACCGAGGUGCCUGGGUUCUUGAUCCAGUACCAGGUGUCCACGGCCCUGUUGCUGUGUGCGAUGUCAGCUCCAUGUAUCCGACCAUCAUGAGGGACUUGAACGUGUCAAUGGAAACUGAAACACACAGGCACGUGCCAGGGUACGAGGACCUCAGCAAUGGCUCAAUGGCCUGGUCCGAUGACGUUUGCACAGUUGUAACAGACGACGGGCCUGUGUCAUUCGAUCGGACAACGCCUGGUGUCCUUCGCAAGUGCCUGGAGGCGUUGAUGGCCAAGCGUGAGGAGGUCGGUCGCAAGAGUACGAUGGGCUGGUCGUUCAAGAUCGCGGUUCUCAGCAUCUAUGGAGAGCUGGGGGCCAAGGACUCUUCAUUCUCAUCAAGGACGUGCGCAUCAGCUGUGACAACGGCUGGCAGAUGGGUCCUGGCCUCGAUCAGUGCCACUGCAAUGCUCACAGGCCUGAGACCAGUGUACGGUGACACGGACUCGGUCUUCGUAACAUUGCCAGGAUCAUCGGACAAGAUGCCUGAAUUCGAGGGCAGAGUCAGAACCUUCGCUGACUUCGUUGGUGCAGUCUUCAGACGUACGCCUCUCGUGUCAUUGAACCUCGAAUCAGAGGCUACGUACCUGCAACUGAUCUGCGUGGGCAAGAAGGCGUACUGUGGCAUGCGCACCAAGUUCGGCUCCUGUGGCAAGGAUCCCAGCUGGCAUGCAAAGGGCCUAGCAUCAGUCAGACGUGAUAGGCCCAAGGCAGCGUAG